AUGCUAUGUUCUGUUCGUGCAGUUAGAAAGUUCCUUAAAAAAUUUGAAUUGGGUUAUAAGAAAUUUCAUGCUUGUGUGAAGGAUUGUUGCUUAUUCAGGAAAGAGAACGCAGAAUUAGAGAACUGUCCAAAAUGUGGUCAUUCAAGAUGGAAGGUAGGCGUACGCACAAAGCAAAUAAAAAAAGGGGUUCCUGCCAAAGUGUUGAGAUAUUUUCCGAUAAUUCCAAGGUUUCGGAACAUGUAUAGGUCAUUUGAAGUAGCUAAAGAUUUGGCAUGGCACUAUACUCAUAGAAGCAGUGAUGCCAAGAUGCGACACCCGGUAGAUUCACCAACUUGGAAAACAAUCGAUGAUAAGUGGCCAUCUUUUUCAGCAGACCCACGGAAUCUAAGACUUGGUCUUGCUACCGAUGGUUUCAAUCCAUUCCGGAAUUUGAGUUCGACGUAUAGUUGUUGGCCCGUUAUGCUGGUUAUGUACAACUUGCCACCUUGGUUAUGGAUGAAAAAGGAAAAUGUUUUGUUGACACUAUUGAUCCCAGGACCUAAGCAACCGGGUAAUGAUAUUGAUGUAUAUCUACGACCUCUUAUCGAAGACCUACAGAUUUUGUGGACCAACGGAGCACCUGUUUAUGACAGGUUCACUAACUCUACAUUCAAUCUGAGGGCCAUUUUGAUGUGGACAAUUCAUGAUUUUCCAGCAUAUGGAAAUGUUGCCGGGUGUACGACUAAGGGUAAAUUUGCAUGUCCUAUUUGUGGUGAAAAUACACAUUUUCUAUGGCUGAAAUUUAGUAGGAAAACUAUAUAUUUGUGCCAUAGGUGCUUUCUUCCACCAUCUCACUCCUUUCGGAAGAAAAAAUCAUGGUUUGAUGGAAAGGAAGAAAAGGGAAAAAAACCUAGAAUCAUGACUGGAAAACAAAUUUCGGAAACUCUGAAAGAAUUGCUGGUGCGUAAUAACUUAGAUGUCAUGCAUAUCAUUAAAAAUAUUAUUGAGAGCCUUAUUGGCACGCUGUUGGAUAGUAACGGAAAAUCCAAGGAUGGUUUAAAUGCUCGCAAGGAUAUGCAAGAUUUGGAAAUAAAGCACGACUUGCAUCCAGAAGAUCGAGGGUCGAGGACAUAUCUUCCUCCAGCUUCCUAUACACUUUCCAAGGAUGAAAAGCGAAUAUUUUGCAAGACGUUGUUUGACUUAAAAGUACCUGAUGGGUAUAGUUCAAAUAUUGGGAAUUGUGUAUCAAUGGAUGAAUUGAAGGUCACAGGUCUCAAAUCUCAUGAUUGCCAUGUGCUAAUGCUUCAGUUGUUUCCUGUAGCCUUAAAGGGGUUACUACCAACUGGACCCAGAAAUGCGAUACUUCGCCUUUGUGCAUUCUUCAAUAAAUUGUGUCAAAGAGUUAUUGAUCAAGAAGAAAUGGCAUCCCUUGAGGAUGAGGUGGUUGAAACGUUAUGCAUGUUUGAGAGGUUCUUUCCACCUUCAUUCUUUGAUAUCAUGGUGCACUUAACAAUUCACUUAGGACGAGAAGCACGACUUUGUGGGCCAGUCCAAUAA